CACCCCUUCGUCCUUCGUCUCAUUCACUCAUUACUUUUUUUUUUAUUUUUAUUUUUUAUACUUUUAAACGAAGGACAGUGCGUAGCUGUAUUUUAAAAUAAAAGUUGAAAAACAAACCAUUUCAAAAGAGGACCAACGCAGUACUUUUCCAUCUCUUCCAUUUCUUUCCUUCUCUUUCUUGCUCUUCAAUUGCGGUUGAUCACUUCUCAUUCUCUCGCUCCUCCAUUAGCCAUUAUGUCACAGUUCCCUCGUGACAGCGCUUCACUAGAUACUCCACCGUCCUUCCACCAACAUUAUCAUGAAGGACAGCAUUUUCCUGAAGAAUAUGCGCAUGAGCAAUCAGACAACUACUACCACUCGCAACAACAGUACCAACAGGGACCUGCACAUGGUGCUAGGUCUCCAACACCAAGCUCUGUCCACAGCCAUGUCCUUGACCUAGAAAGGACCAGCAUAGCAGAGCAUGAUCAAUAUGGACAACGCUAUCAAAAACAAGAGUAUGACGAGGAUCCAGAAAUUGGACAUAUUCAGCAUGAAGAGUAUCCACGCGAAAUUGCCAGCUCUUCAAAUGCAUACGCCGACAAAGUUGAGGUGCCACACCAUCAUCAGCCUACAAAGGGACAACUUUUCCGUCUACGAGUGCUGAGCAUGGCAAAUGUGACAAGGCUUCGUAUCUUGUGGUUUCUUUUAGCUCUAGUCAGUAUGAUGGCCUGGCUUUCACUCAUGCCCGCUUAUGCUUUUAGGAACAAGUUCGAAUCUCAGCCCUUUGUCAAUGCAGCCUACAUUAUUUUUCUUGUGGCAACCGUGAGCACAUCCAUCACUGCUAUCUGGCAAUCGCUCUCACCAAUCCUUGUCCGGCGUGGAGGACUGAAAUCAUCAUGGCGCACAAUCAUCAAUCAUCCUGCUAUGCAAACUACUACUAUUUUCAUGUCUGCAAUCCUCACAAUUCUUAACUUUGUCAGCUGGAUUGUUCUUGCAGCCAACGAGUAUGGUGCUAAAUCCAAUUGUGGAGAGGGUCCUCUAUCAGAUCGUCCAGGAUAUACAGCACAGUGUAAAGGUGUCAAAGCAGCUGUGAUAUUGAAUGUAAUUCUUUUCUUGCUGUGGACACCCAUCUUAUUUGUCAUUAUCUGCGGAACCAUCGAAAAGGGAAUGUGGUGGUGGGGUGAGCACGAUGGGUGGGCACAUAACAAGGAGCGGCGCAUGAUGACCCGUGAGGAAUAUGAUCUCAAGGUGGGUCCACGGUCACAGACUCCAGGACUUUCUCAAGACAGGAAAAACAUGUCCAUGGAUAAUCUCUCGCAGGCACAAUAUGAUGAAGCUCAAGCACCAAGGCUCGCUUUUGUCACACCCAUUGCCUCACAGUUCGCUUCAUCAAGAACAAGUGAGCUCGUGAAUGAAGAAGACCACGAGAGCUAUACACGGGCUAGGAACCAACAGCUUCAACAACAACAACAACAACAACAGCUACACUUACAGCAGCAACAGCAGCAGCAACAACAGCAACAGCAACAGCAACAGCAACACUUACAGGAGCCAAAGACACUGCGCCACAAAACCUCGAACCAAUCUUUGGCACUUUCUGGAUUCUUUGGUGCUGGCUGGGGUAAUGGUCCUAUGCCUCCUCCUGCACCGACACCUGAGCCAGAGCCAGAGCCAGAGUCAGAAUCAAUCACUUCUCAGCGAGCAGGGCCUUCAAAGCUUAAGGAAGAGCAGCGGUUCAAUCCAUCUUUUGAGAACUCACGGGACCAGGAACCAGACAAGACAUCCAUUAAUGGAGACGCGUAUGUUUCUCAAUGGCAUAGUCGUCGUCAUGACGAUUGGUCGUAGAUAUAAUUAAAUGUACAACAAACAAUAACCAUGCC